AUGGCGUCAACCGGCAGUGCACCUUUUCCUAAAUGGCAAAUGGCUAUCCUUCUUGGUGCGCCGUUAGCUAUCGGUCUAGGUUACCUGUAUUUAAGAAGUAGACUAGAAGAUUCUGAAAAGAAAAAAGUGGCUGACCUAAAAGCAAAAACAACUAUCUCAUUGGAUAAUGAAGAAAAUAAUGCUAAGGCGACUGAAAGUGCUAUCGACCGUGCUAUGAAAUUGAAAGGAGCCGGGAACCGAGCUUUUCAUGCUGGAGAAUACGAUAAAGCGAUUGCUCUUUACAACGAAGCAAUUGAAGCAUGUCCUCCGGAUCGUCCUGUUGAUUUAGCAACAUUUUAUCAAAAUCGUUCGGCCUGUUACGAGAAACGAGAAAUGUGGGAACAGGUUAAAGAAGACUGUACAUUUGCAUUAAAAUUAAACGAGAAGUAUGUAAAAGCAUUUCUCCGACGCUCACGUGCUGCCGAGAAAAGUGGGGAUUUGGUUCUUGCUCUUGAAGAUGUCACUUCAGCAUGUAUUCUUGAAAGAUUUCAAGUGCAAAGUUCUCUAGUGAAUGCAGAUCGUAUUCUAAAGGCUUUAGGAAGACAACAUGCACGAGAGGCUCUUGCUAAAAGACGUCCAGUAAUGCCUGCGAAGCACUUUAUAAAGACCUAUUUCUCUGCAUUCUCUGAAGAUCCCAUUGCGAAAAUUCAGUUAGAUAAAGAUAUAACUGGUGGUUUUGCAAAAGCUAAGAAAGCACUUGAUUCUCAAGACUAUGAUUCAGUUGUAGAUUCCUGUACUGAAGAAUUAGAAGCUGAUGGGAAAUAUAAAUAUGAAGCCUUGCUUCUUCGUGCCACAUUUUAUUUACUUCUUGGUAGACAUGAUGAAGCACAGGCUGAUCUUGGGCAAAUUAUUGACAGUGAUGCACCUUUGAAGGUGAAAGUCAAUGCUUUAAUUAAGCGUGCAUCACUUUUCACACAGCUGGAAAAUACUGAGCGGUGCCUGGAAGACUUUGCAAAUGCUGCAAAACUUGAUCCUAACAAUUCUGAUAUAUAUCAUCACAGAGGUCAGGUGUACUUGCUCCUGGAGCGUAUGGAUGAGGCAACUGCUGAAUUUUCAAAAGCUGUUGAAUUGAAUCCUGACUUUUCAAUUGCUUACAUUCAAAAAUGCUAUGCUGAUUAUAGACAUGCGCAGUUAAAUAAAAAUGUUGGUGCUUUAAAUCAAGUCCGAGCUGACUUUGAGCGUGCUUUAGAAAAAUUUCCAAAUUGUGCUGAAGCUUAUAUUUUAUUUGCACAAGUGUUAUCAGAUCAACAAGAAUGGGGACGCGCAGAGGCACUGUUUGAUUCUGCUUUAUCAGUUGACCCUAACAAUGCUACUCUGUAUGUUCACAAAGGAUUAGUUCAACUACAAAAGAGUACAGAUUUUGAAAAAGCAGUCAAAUUAAUCAAUAAAGCUAUUGAAAUGGAUGACAAAUGUGACUUUGCAUAUGAGACUUUAGGCACCAUAGAAGUACAACGAGGGAAUCUAAGGCGAUCGUUAGAGCUUUUUGAAAAAGCAAUUGUAUUGGCCAAGACAGAAUUAGAAAUGACACAUUUAUUCUCACUAAAGGAUGCUGCGGCAGCACAACUUAAAGUAUCUGAACGCUGGGGACUUGAUUGGACUGUGAGCUAG